ACUGUCAAUGUCAACGUCAUAACUCAAAUUUGUAAACAAUUUUGUUGUCUUAUUCUUUUUAUUUAUUAUUAUUGGAUUAAGCACCCCGAUCUAUGAUGGUUGCAACAAAAAUACUAAUAGGUGCAACAGGAAGUGUAGCAUCUCUGAAGAUACCUAUCUUAGCAAAGUCGUUACUUGAUUUAAAUGAGCAAGGAUUCGAUUUCGAGGUUCGGAUUGUCGUGACUGAAAAGGCGAAGCAUUUCUUCCAGUUAACAGAACUGCCGUCUGUAGUACCAAUUUAUGAUGAUGCCUUGGAGUGGAACGCGUGGAAGGAUCGAGGGGACCCGGUGCUGCAUGUCGACCUUGGCAAAUGGGCUGACUUGAUGGUCAUCGCCCCUUUGGAUGCAAACACUCUGGCAAAAAUGGCUCAAGGAAUUUGUGACAACCUGCUAACCUGCACUACCAGAGCAUGGGACCUCAGCAAACCACUGAUAUUCUGCCCAUCCAUGAACACACGCAUGUGGCAACACCCCAUCACAGCCGCACAGAUUGCUACUUUGAAGGAGUGGGGCCAUGAAGAGAUCCCUCCAAUAGAGAAGCUGCUGAUAUGUGGAGAUAAAGGCAUGGGUGCAAUGGCUGAGGUGGCAACUAUAGUGAACAGGGUUAAGAAUAUUGCCAGUUUGAAAUCCUGAUGCUAUAGAAUAUAUUUACCUACUGUAUACCAUCACAAUGAAUAUAAUGGAUAUUAUGAAAGAUAAAUUAUGUGAAGUUUCAUGUCAUUACUUAGGAUGAAUCUAAACCGAGUUUAUAGUAUUAUAAUCUCGAACUGAUCAGCUGUCUUCAUACAAGAGUACUUAAGUACUCAUUGAGGAAUUUUAUACCAAGGAAUUCUAUAUAUAAGGAGAGUCCCAUCCCGGCUUCGCUUGGGUAAAACUACUAUAAUAAAUUCUGAACUAUUGAAAUUAAUAAACCUAAACCUACCUCAGGAACAGACUAUCUACUGGUGAAAACUGUACAAAAAUUUGUCCCGUACUUUUUGAGUUUAUCUGGUUCAUACAGAUGGGCAAGUAAAAAGAUUGACCUUUUAUUUUAUAACAUGUAAAGUUUUAAAUAAAUAAAUAGAGAGUAUUCUAUCAAAAUUAUAAUCUUUGUUAUUUUUAUCUAAUGAUAAAUUUUAAUAUAUUUUAUUAUAAGUAGUUUAAAUGCUGUGAUUGUUAGAGUUAUUAAUAAAUAAAAUUAUU